AUGAAAAACACUUCUGCAGUUAUGGAUUCAUCUGACGUUCAAAGGAAAAAAAUAGCUGUCAUUGGUGGUGGCUUGGUUGGAUCAUUAAAUGCAUGCUUCCUUGCAAAGAGGAAUUUCCAAGUUGACGUAUAUGAAGCUAGGGAAGACAUCCGGGUGGCUAAAUUUAUACGUGGAAGGAGCAUUAACUUGGCCCUUUCUUAUAGAGGACGACAAGCCUUGAAAGCUAUUGGCCUGGAAGAUCAGAUUGUAUCCCAAGGUAUUCCCAUGAAAGCAAGAAUGAUUCAUUCUCUUUCAGGAAAAAAGACUGCAAUUCCCUAUGGGACAAAGUCUCAGUAUAUUCUUUCUAUAAGCAGAGAAAAUCUAAACAAGGAUCUAUUGACUGCUGUUGAGAAAUACCCCAAUGCAAAGGUGCACUUUGGCCACAGGUUGUUGAAAUGUAACCCUGGAGAAAGAACAAUCACAGUGCUUGGAUCUGACAAUGUUCCUAAAGACAUCACUUGUGACCUCAUUGUAGGAUGUGAUGGCGCCUACUCAACUGUCAGAAGCUACCUCAUGAAGAAACCCCGCUUUGAUUAUAGUCAGCAAUAUAUUCCUCAUGGGUACAUGGAGUUGACUAUACCACCUAAGAAUGGAGAUCAUGCCAUGGAACCUAAUUAUCUGCAUAUUUGGCCUAGAAAUACCUUUAUGAUGAUUGCACUUCCUAAUACGAACAAAUCUUUCACGUGUACUUUGUUCAUGCCAUUUGAGGAGUUUGAAAAACUUCUAACCGGUAGUGAUGUGCUGGACUUCUUCCAAAAAUACUUUCUGGAUUCCAUCCCUCUAAUUGGAGAGCAAGCCCUGACACAAGAUUUCUUCCUGUUGCCACCUCAGCCCAUGAUAUCCAUAAAGUGUUCUUCUUUUCACUUAAAAUCACACUGUGUGCUGAUGGGAGAUGCAGGUCAUGCCAUAGUGCCAUUUUUUGGACAAGGAAUGAAUGCGGGCUUUGAAGACUGCUUGGUGUUUGAUGAGUUAAUGGAUAAAUUCAAUAAUGACUUCAGUAUGUGUCUUCCUGAAUUCUCAAGAUUUAGAAUUCCAGAUGACCAUGCAAUUUCAGACCUAUCCAUGUACAAUUACAUAGAGAUGCGAGCACACGUCAAUUCAAGGUGGUUCAUCUUCCAAAAGAACUUAGAGAGAUGUCUUCAUGCUAUUAUGCCAUCUACUUUUAUUCCUCUCUAUACAAUGGUCACAUUUUCCAGAAUAAGAUACCAUGAAGCAGUACUGAGGUGGCAUUGGCAAAAAAAGGUAAUAAACAAAGGACUUUUUUUCUUCGGAACACUGAUAGCCAUCAGUAGUGCCUAUUUACUUAUACAUUAUAUGUCACCUCAACCUAUGGACUACUUGAGAAGACGAUGGAACUGGAUUGCUUACUUCUGGAAUACAGGGCAUGUUUCACUGCAAAUUCCAUGGAGUCAUUAG